AUGCCCUCCAAAGGCUCCAAGGCCGGCCCCUUUGGCUUCAUGACCAAGCUCUCCCAUGGAAUAACACCCAACAUCCAACCCACCCUUCCACUCAUCCGUGCCGUUGUCGCUAGCAAUCCCCAACAAUUACGCCCGGGAAUCCUGUUUCAUGUCUUUUUCAACGGCGGCUCUGCCAUGCUAGGCAAGCUCCUAGACGCAAAUGGUGCGAACCUUUCGGCCCAUGUGACCAUCUUUAAUUCUUGUCCAAGCAUCAAAAACUUCACCACCGAUAUGAAUGCCGUCACAUCUGGCAUGAGUACUCCGGUCAAGUUUAUCGCUUAUCCUUUUUUCUUGCUCCUGAUAGUACUCUGCUCUAUCUGUUUCAUUGGCCGUGAAGAUAGUUUCGCGUAUUGUCCCCGGGUUCAUAAUGAGGUUAUAAGCGAGGCUAGACGGGCAUACAUAUAUAGCGAUACUGGCCAGAUUGUCGAUUACCAAACCGUGGCGAAGCAUGCUACAGCAGCAGAAGAAAGCGGAUUCCAUGUUAGACUCGAGAAUUCCAUGGUACAAAGCAUAUCAUGGAUGUGA